UGGAAGGAAAGCCAAGGAUCCAAAGGCUGCUAGGAGCUUUGCUGGAUGUCCUCAGCGUCUGGGUGUGAUAGUAACGCAUUCUCUUGCACAGAACUAGCCGAAAGAACUUGGAUCAGUAGCCCGAUAACCAAGUCAAGACUGUACGUAAGACCUGACAGUGAGCUCUUACACGAACAACUCCGCACCCCGAAAUCCAACCACAGAACUUCUCAAAAAGGAGUCCCUGUGAAUCCUUCUUGUUUUGUGUGAACUCCUAUGUUGCUGCAAAGAAGACAUCAUGUGUUCAUGGAAUGUAUUCCGAAUCUGCUUCAGAGGAACUUACAGCUGCAACUGGAAGAGUUCGGGGGAAAGCAAUAAGAGAUACACACGCUGCCAGGUCUCUGUCCUCAGCCUGAUGUCCGUUAUCACCCUGGCAUGGCUCUAUGUUUGCUUUGCUGCUUACAAUGACAACAAUGAUGUCAACUGGAAAGCAUUUGAAAAACUGAGAGUGUGGCUGAACUGGUACACGGGGGUCAUUGUCCUGUCCGCAAUGCUGGCCAUGUACUGCCUCCUGCUCUUGUGUCUUUCAUUCCUCCUGAUUGCCUUAAAGGAACCUUUGGACCUGCACUGGCUGCAUAAGGUGUUGCUGUCUGUGUCGCUGGUCAUAGUCAUGCUAGGCAUCGCAGUGGUAAGCCUGUGUUGGACAGCUGAGUGGGAAGCAGUUCGUUUGUUGCUGCAGGCAACGGCGCCGUUCUUGCACCUUGCUGCGGUGGUGGCCUUGACCAUGAUCAGCUGGCUGGUGUUUCAGAGAUACCACAGAGCUCAGCGCUCAGUCUCGAGGAGCCUCAUUAUUGGGGCCUUAUGGACAGUUACAGUCAUGGUUUUCAUCAGUCCCUUAUUCAUUUAUUCUCCCUGUAUUAGUUACAUGCUUCCCCCAAAACCGGCCCUGGUCGCACACCGGGGCGCACCUAUGCUGGCCCCAGAGAACACGAUGAUGUCAUUCAGGAGGAGUGUUGCGUGUCACGUCACAGCCUUUGAGACAGAUGUCCAGCUGAGCAAGGACAUGGUGCCUUUUCUUAUGCAUGACUCUGGCAAAGGGUUUCUGCACAGGACGACGAAUGUGGAUGCGGUGUUUCCGAACCGAACGUACAACAGCAGCAGUGAUAUCACAUGGGAGGAGCUGCAAAUGCUAAACGCUGGCGAUUGGUUUGUUAAGACAGACCCAUUCUGGUCGGUAUCCUUGCUUUCGGAGCAGGAAAAGACGGUGGCUCGUAACCAGACAGUAACAUCCCUCUCAGAGCUCCUCGAACUUUCCAAAGAACGCAAUAUCUCCCUCAUCUUUGACCUAAAGUAUGACAGACAUGGUAACUGCAAUGACAUAGCGAAGGUCAUCCAGAAAUCUGGCAUCUCACAGGAUUUGAUAUGGUGGCUUCAUGAAGGACACAGAGAGUGUGUUAAAAAGUACUAUCCAGGGUUCCACCAGGUCUAUCCUGAUCAAAAAACGCUGCGGAAUGAUAAUGGAUCCUGGCUAAAUAUGAAGUACAGUACACUGAGUGCUGAGGAAAUUAGUGAUUUGCGGAGCAGGAACGUGAAGGUUAACCUGUGGGUGGUGAACGAGCCCUGGCUCUUCUCUCUGCUGUGGUGCUCAGGGGUCAGUUCUGUGACCACCAACAGCUGCCACAUACUUAAGGACAUGUCUCAGCCUGACUGGCACCUGACACCUCAUGUGUACAAAAUUAUAUGGAUCACUGCUGACCUGGUGUCACUACUUUUGAUGUUCAUAUUCUUUCUUUUACAAAGUAGGUGCCGCUGUAACAGACAUACCAAAGGGAAAAACAAGCAAGGAGCCGCAUUUUCCUCCAAGAAUCAGAAAGAAGGAUACCCCUUCUUAUCAUCUAAUUAACUCUAAAAUGAUUAAGGGACAUAUUUCAUCAUUAUAGUAGUUAUAUUUCAUCAUUAACAUAGGUAUUUUUGCCAUAAUUCAAUGUUAAAAAUGGUCAUAUGAUUUGUAUUAUAAUAAUUUACAAUUUUUUACAAUUUACAAUUCAUUGUUGAGAACAGCUCCAGCACAACAAAUGUGAAGUAGCCUAGAAUUUUAAAAAACAUUUGAUGACAAUAAUAUCUACAGCUGCAGUGUAUUCACAAACACACGACUGCAGACUCAUAAGACAUGAUGUGGCCUUCCCUGCUCCCAGUUUAAAGUAUUAUUCCUACACUAAAAGAUACACUUCAUGGUGAAUUAGAAUAGAAAUUAAGAUUUCGUCCCACACAACUGAAGAUGCGUCUGUCAUCCCGUCUUCAGCCUUUUGAUUACAGUUCCAUUAUUCUGAGUCAAUCGUAAAUUGUUCAUUACUAUAUGAAUGUGAUCUCAAGAACCAGGAAAAAUUCUUUAGGAUUUUUCUUGGUGUCUUGAAACAGAUUUGUUCAUUUCAGCUUGCAUUUAUUUUAACGUCAGUUAAAAUUUAAUCUACUAUUUCUGACAUUUCAUAGGUGACUUGGUGCUAAUCCAGAAAGACUUUACUGCCUCUUCUAGUGACGGUUGAGGCACAAGUUAGGGAUCACAGACUACUGAUUUCAACACAGGCUGAUAGGUUGCUAUCUUUCUAAAUCUUACUAUAAUUGUAUGGUUGUAUUUUAUAUGAUUGGCAUUUACCAAUCAGCUUAUAGAGGAAUCAAGUAAAAAACAAAACUAGGAGGAGGGAGGGAAUGUUCAAAGUAAAAUGAAUGUCACUUUUUAUACAAAAUCAGAAUUUUUUAAUAGAAAGCAAACUUCUUCACUAUAAUUAAAAUAAUAUUUACUUAGUUAUUUGUUAAAUGAAAAACCCGUGGACUCUCAUUUAUGAAAUAUUUUAGUUUCUAAGAAAACAAGAUGAGGCUGUAAACCACUGUCAGGAGACAGUCUGUCCCAUUAUAAUACCUGGUAACCAUCAGGAGACAGUCUGUCCCAUUGUAACCUGGUAAACAUAAUUUUCCUUAGCUGUACUGUUGUGGUAAAGCCAGGCCAAGUGUGUUUGGCAGAGAUGUGACCAAAUCUUUGCCAGAUUUUGAAAACACCUCCCUCUGUGUGUGUGUAUGUGUGUGUAAGAUGUUAUGAAUGUUAUAUAAACAAUCUUCCUAUAUAUUUUGUUCAUAUAUGUCAAUGUUUUCCAGUUUUAUACCUUUGUAAUACAAAUGCUUUCAAUAUUAGGAAAUAAAAGCUGAUUUUGGUUUUGGUUUUAGUACAGAUUUUUUUUCAGUGACAAUAGUUCAGUUGGUUGCUGUGACCUACGGUCAUUCAUUUUUUAAAUCCAAGAUUUGAAAUGGGAAAAUGAGAGCCAAGGAUUUACAUUCGUGUCUGUAUUGUUCACACUGGAUGUUAAAGAGAUUUUUUUAUUUCUGUGCAGCUGAGACAUUUCUGCUACCUCUGUAGCUUACACAUUUGAUUUAGAGUUGAUUCUUUUUAUACAUUCUAGUUUUGCAUUUGUGUCUGCUUUAUGUGUAUGUUCAAUAUUUUAAGAGGUCAUUUUAAAAGACUAAAUGUUGCUACUCUACAUUGUUGCACUGUAAAUAAAUGUAAAAUUAAUACACUAA